CGCCGGGCGGGGCAGGGCCGGGGGCUGUGGGGCCAUGGCGGGCCGCGGGUCCGCGUCCUCCGAGCACCUGGAGCGGCUGCACGAGAUCUUCCGCGGGCUGCACGGGGACCUGCGGGGCGUCUCCGAGCGGCUGCGGGGCAGCGCGGCCGAGGAGAAGAAAAAACUGGUUCGAGAAUUCGAUGAGAAGCAGCGUGAAGCCAACGAGACGCUGCGGGAAAUGGAGGAAGAGCUGAAGUACGCUCCUGUGCCUUUCCGCAACCAAAUGAUGAGCAAAAUCCGAGCCUACAGGAGAGACCUGUCCAUGUUCCAGAGGGAGAUGAGAAGCACAGAUUUGGGCUUGGGCCGUGGAAACCAAGGCGAUACAAAAUAUGGAAUCUUUGCCACAGAAAAUGAACAGAGUACUAACCUGCAGUCACAGAGGGUGCUGCUUCUCCAGGGCACAGACAGUCUGAACCGAGCCAGCGAGAGCAUCGAGCGCUCGCACCGAAUCGCUGCUGAAACCGACCAGAUCGGCACGGAUAUCAUCGAGGAGCUCGGGGAGCAGCGGGAGCAGCUGGAGCGCACCAAGAGCAGGUUGGUGAAUACAAGUGAGAACUUGAGCAAGAGUCGCAAGAUUCUACGCGCCAUGUCUCGGAGAGUAACCACAAAUAAGUUGCUGCUGUCAAUUAUCAUCAUCCUGGAACUGGCCAUCCUAGGAGGUGUGGUCUACUUCAAGUUCUUUCGCAAGAAAUGAACCUUCAUGCCCAAGCUGAGCUUUUCCACUGAUGAGGAAUAGGAUGGGCUAUCUGCUCCCUUUGACUGUCUGAGGGUUGAACUGAGUUAUGAGACAGCACAUUCAGCUGAAACUGUACUGACAUUUGAAAGACAGAGAAUGGGAGUAAAAAGAAACAGGCUUGAACUACUGGUAAGAUUAAUAAGAAGGUAAUAAAUAUUUUAUUGUCUCAUUUUGUAUAUACUUAACUAAAUGAAUAAAUCUUGCUAUGUAAUAAAGUAGCCACUGAUCAAUGGAAAA